UGAUCGAUGCCUGACCGAAACCGGCUCCACGCUCCGAAGCCUUUCUUGUUUGUCUGCAUGGGCCAUGCAUGCGUGUGGGGCCAGGAGCCGAGCUGGGCGACGAUUUCAGGGAAAGUGUGUGUUUCCUCAGCGGAUGAUGAACCUCUAGUCUUGCUUUGAAAAAGCCAUUUUGUGUAACUCUUGACUGAAUAAUUUCCUAAUACACCUGUUGCGAGGAUCACUGACACAGUAUGCCAUUUGAGAGGUACUUUUUCUUGAUCAAAUACUGGUGAUCAGAGAAGAGAGGUGUUUUUAUUUUUUGGGUUUUCUUCCCUGAUCAUUAUGAACAUUGGCUUUUCAUCCUGAAAUUAAAAUGUUGAAAACCGAGUCUUCAGGCGAACGGACCACUCUCAGAAGUGCCUCUCCUCACAGGAAUGCAUAUAGAACUGAGUUCCAGGCACUGAAAAGUACCUUUGACAAACCCAAGUCAGAUGGCGAACAGAAAACAAAGGAAGGCGAGGGCUCCCAGCAGAACAGGGGGAGGAAAUAUGGCUCCAACGUCAACAGAAUUAAAAACCUGUUUAUGCAGAUGGGUAUGGAGCCCAGUGAGAACUCCGCUGUCAUCGCCAGAACAAGGGGGAAAGGUGGACCUUCGUCCCCUCAGAGAAGAAUGCGGCCCAGAGAAUUUCUGGAGAGAACAGAUGGCUCGGUGGUUAAGUUGGAGUCCUCUGUUUCGGAACGGAUCAGUAGAUUUGAUACCAUGCACGAUGGCCCUUCGUAUUCUAAGUUCACAGAAACUCGGAAGUUGUUUGAGAGAAGCGUGCCCGAGUCAGGACAGAACAACCGUUACUCCCCAAAGAAAGAGAAAGCUGGGGGGAGUGAGGCUCAGGAUGACUGGGGCAGCUCGAAGUCCAACAGAGGCAGCACCGAUUCCUUGGACAGCCUUAGCUCCCGCACCGAGGCUGUCUCCCCGACGGUGAGCCAGCUGAGUGCGGUGUUUGAGAACACCGAUUCCCCCAGUUCCGUCGUGUCGGAGAAGGCCGAAAACGAGUACUCGGUCACUGGACAUUAUCCUCUGAAUUUACCAGCUGUGACUGUUACAAAUCUUGACACCUUCGGUCGUCUUAAGGAUUCUGAUGCUUGGUCUCCCCCAAGCAAACAUGGUGAAGAUGCAGAGGAUGCUCGGAAGAGGACCACGUCCCCAGUACCAGAAGUGGCAUCGCAAGGCACCUCUCUAGCUUCCAUGCCUGGUGAAGAGGCACAGCAGAGUAAGGAAGCCGGGGACUCCACACCUAACCAAGAGACUCCUGGCAGAGGCGACAGAGACGUUCGGGAAGAACCUUGUGCUGAGAGUAAGGCAAUGCCAGAGUCUGACAUCCUCUCACCGCAGAGUGAACCUUUAGGAGAUGCCAAAGCUAAUUUGGUUGGGAAUGAGGCAGCAAUGCCACAGAAGAAAGAACUGGGAGGUGGUGAUUUCAUCUCUGCUGAUGCUUCUGGAUCCAUUUGUGGCAAGGAAGGAUCCAAAGAUUCAAAUAAUAUUGAGAGUCCCCAGGUUUACAUGCACAGUGACUAUAAUGUAUAUAGGGUGAGAUCCAGGUAUAAUUCCGACUGGGGAGAGACAGGCACUGAGCAGGAGGAGCAGGAAGACAGUGAUGAAAACAGUUACUACCAACCUGACAUGGAAUACUCGGAAAUCGUUGGGUUGCCAGAAGAAGAAGAAGUCCCAGCAAAUAGGAAAAUUAAGUUUAGUAGUGCUCCAAUUAAGGUUUUCAGCACAUACUCCAAUGAAGACUAUGACAGGAGAAACGAUGAAGUUGACCCUGUGGCUGCUUCAGCCGAGUAUGAACUUGAAAAGCGUGUAGAAAAGCUGGAACUUUUCCCAGUGGAACUGGAGAAAGAUGAAGAUGGACUUGGCAUAAGUAUUAUUGGAAUGGGUGUUGGAGCAGAUGCGGGACUUGAAAAGCUGGGAAUAUUCGUCAAGACAGUAACAGAAGGUGGUGCUGCUCAGCGGGAUGGCAGAAUUCAGGUCAAUGACCAGAUCGUGGAAGUGGAUGGCAUCAGCUUGGUGGGUGUCACGCAGAAUUUUGCUGCGACAGUUCUCAGGAACACCAAGGGCAACGUCAGGUUUGUCAUCGGGCGCGAGAAGCCGGGCCAGGUGAGCGAGGUCGCGCAGCUCAUCAGCCAGACGCUGGAGCAGGAGCGGCGCCAGCGGGAGCUGCUGGAGCAGCACUACGCGCAGUACGACGCCGACGACGACGAGAACACGAUGGCUGACUUGCAAGGAGUGUCUGGCAACUGCAAUAACAAUAACAACUAUUUCCUUCAGACAGGAGAAUAUGCCACAGAUGAAGAAGAAGAUGAGGCAGGACCUGCUCUCCCUGGCGGUGACAUGGCCAUUGAAGUCUUUGAACUGCCUGAGAAUGAGGACAUGUUUUCCCCUUCAGACCUGGACACAACCAAGCUCAGUCACAAGUUCAAAGAGUUGCAAAUCAAACAUGCGGUGACAGAAGCAGAGAUUCAAAAAUUGAAGAGCAAGCUGCAGGCAGCAGAAAAUGAGAAAGUGAGGUGGGAACUAGAAAAAACUCAACUCCAACAGAAUAUAGAAGAGAAUAAAGAAAGAAUGUUGAAGUUGGAGAGCUACUGGAUCGAGGCUCAAACGCUGUGCCACACAGUAAACGAACACCUCAAAGAGACUCAGAGCCAGUAUCAGGCCUUGGAAAAGAAAUACAACAAGGCAAAGAAAUUGAUCAAGGAUUUUCAACAAAAAGAACUUGAUUUCAUCAAGAGACAGGAAGCAGAAAGAAAGAAAAUAGAAGAUUUGGAAAAAGCUCACGUUGUGGAAGUUCAGGGCCUGCAAGUACGGAUUAAAGAUUUGGAAGCUGAGGUAUUCAGGCUACUGAAGCAAAAUGGGACUCAAGUUAACAAUAACAACAACAUCUUCGAGAGAAGAACAUCUUUUGGCGAAGUCUCUAAGGGCGAUACCAUGGAGAAUGUGGAUAUCAAGCAGACGUCUUGUCAAGACAGCUUGAGUCAAGACUUGAACGAAGCAGUCCCAGAGACAGAGCGCCUGGAUUCAAAAGCGCUGAAAACCCGCGCCCAGCUCUCAGUGAAGAACAGACGCCAGAGGCCUUCUAGGACACGACUCUAUGACAGUGUCAGUUCCACAGAUGGAGAGGACAGUCUAGAGCGAAAGCCUUCAAACAGUUUCCAUAACCACAUGCAUAUUACCAAAUCACUUCCGCCCAAGGGUUUGAGAACUUCUCCAGAAUCAGAUUCUGGUGCUCCAUCCCUCACUUCAGUGGCCGGCAGUGUGCCCUUCUCCGAGUCUGACCACAUAGCUGAAUUCCAAGGACCCCUGCAACCAGAAAGGGAGACUUCCUCUAUUUGGGGAAACACUUCACUCUCCUCUCCUUCAAAAUCUGACAAUGAUAUGGAAGAAUCUCCUUGCCACCAUCAAGCCACCACCAGGAACAUAUCACAAGAAAAAGGUGGUGCCAAAGGUCCCAAACCACUAAGAGCGCCCAGUUCGUUGGUGGUGCAAGGAGGAAAAAUUAAGCGGAAGUUUGUGGAUCUGGGGGCACCGUUGCGAAGGAGCUCCAACAAGGGAAAGAAAUGGAAAGAAAAAGAAGCCAGUAGGUUUUCUCCAGGUAGCAGGUAUGGGAUCUUCGGCGGCAGGCUGGACCGCUGGAAGCCCAAGCCAGCCUGCGCGGCGCCCGCCUCCCCGCGCUCGCCCUGCGCGCCUUUCUCCUGGUUUCACGAGAGCCGGAAAGGAUCCUACUCCUUCGGGAACCUGCCUACGCCUCCAAGUCCCGUCCAGCCUUCUUCUGAAACUCUAAUUUCAGAUAAAAAGGGGUCCAAGAAUUUUACCUUCAAUGACGACUUCAGUCCCAGUAGUACCAGUUCGGCAGACCUGAGUGGCCUAGGAGCAGAGCCCAAAACCCCGGGCCUCUCUCAGUCCUUAGCACUAUCAUCAGAUGAGAGCCUGGAUAUGAUAGAUGACGAGAUCCUUGAUGACGGACAGUCUCCCAAGCACAGUCAGUGUCAGAAUCGGGCCGUUCAGGAGUGGAAUGUGCAGCAGGUUUCUCACUGGCUCAUGAGCCUAAAUCUGGAGCAGUAUGUCUCUGAAUUCAGUGCCCAAAACAUCACUGGAGAGCAACUCCUGCAGUUGGAUGGAAAUAAACUGAAGGCUCUUGGAAUGACCUCAUCCCAGGACCGAGCAGUGAUAAAAAAAAAACUCAAGGAAAUGAAGGUGUCUCUAGAGAAGGCUCGGAAGGCUCACGAGAAAAUGGAAAAACAAAGAGAAAAGCUGAGGAGGAAGGAACAAGAGCAAAUGCAGAGGAAAUCUAAAAAGACAGAAAAGAUGGCAGCUGCAGCAGAGGGUGCUGGUGAGCAGUAACACAGGGCCUCUCGCCAGAGGGGGAUGCGCCAAGGAGUGUCCCCCUCUUCCUGCCCUGCUCUCCUCCGGAGGAAUGAAGAAUAAACUGAUGGCAGGGGGAAUGUGCUGUAGGUACAUUGGGGAACCUCGUGUUGAGUAACUGCAUCUUCUGCCGUAAUAGAGUACCCUUCAUUUUCACCUACUGAAAUAAUCCCAAGCCAUCUUUAGUUGGUUAGCAAAUCAAGGAGCUCAUUUGUGAGAGAUGCAAAGCAGCUAUGUUUUCUCUCUUCUCUUACUUACCAACGUCUUGUGUUGUGUUGGGUGGGUGCGUGUGUCACUUGGAAAACCAGCAUGACAGUGCCCAACGAGAGCAUGACCCACCCUGGUGUUGUUAAUGGAGUGCCAUGAAUUUUCAGCAUGGGGUCCUGGCCCUGAGCAUUUGCACAUGUCUGCGUGCCUGAGAGCACCCCUCUGCCAUGAGGUUUGGGCUGCAGGAUCCACUCCAAUGUGUGAGAAAGGUCCCCCGUAUUUCUGUGUCUGGACAGUGAGACAGCCCCGCUGUGGAAACGUGGAUGCCCUGCCACGUCAUUACCUACUGUGGCAGAAGGCAAGCAAACUGUUCUGCUUGCUGGGCAUCUGAAGGAGAGAAAAGAAUCAGUUAUUUGUUAACCCCAGAAAGAAGCAGAAGCCGUAAGAAUGUGGAUGUGGGUAUUACCUUGGGAAUCUGAGGAUAACAUUUAUCCUUCAGACUUAGCCGAACAAAGGAAAACUCGGCCAUUAGUGCAGCCAUGGGGUGGUGGGAUCUGUUGUUUAUUUUGCUACUACUGCGCUUCAGUAUUCCAGCGGCUCCGACACACACAACACAAUUCCUUUUCCCCAGCAAAUUGAACAGGAAAUUGAUUUUUAAGGAAACCAGCGUUUCCAGGUUUCCUCUCUCGGGGAACGUUCUGGCCGGUCUGCAGCCUGACUGGGACACAGCCAGGAACUCAUCACAUAUUUUCUACUCAAGAUUUCCCAAGUGGACGCAGUUAGCGUUUUAACAGACGUGCUUUUAAGAAAAAUAGAAAUACCAGUUCCAGAAAAUUUAGAUUUGAGUAACAUGCAACAGGAGAAGCAGUUUUAUUGAGCACACAGAGUGUUCCCAUAAAGGAAAGCUGUCUGAAUGGCUUCUCUGAGCCACUCUCUUCCAUUCUUUAGGGAUUUUCACUUUACAGUUAAAGUUUGCUUAAGACAGUAUGCAGGAUGCAGCCUCUAGCAGUGGAGGCAGUUACGUGUAUUUUAAAGCCAGUAUUGAGGAAUUCAGCAUUUCAUCAAACUAACUCAAGUGCCGGAGACUAGGGCAAGAGGAAGAAAAAAAUGAACUCAUCCUGAGAAAUUUCAAAUGAUGAAUCUUUUUGUUUUUGUUUUUGUUUUGCUUUUUAUAUUUAUGUGUCUGGUUCUCUUUGCUACAUUGGCUCUAAAAAUGAGGUCAUCCACUUUGCAAGGGACACGUUCCAGAAUAAUAGUCGGGGGCAGACAAAUUCUUGGACAGGUAUUUCUCUUCCUUGACGACGCGGAGAGUCUGUCCAUGUCUUCCACUGGAAAUGUUAUCUAUGCAGAACUUGGGGACGCUUUGGAAUUACUGGUAACAGAUCAUGUAAGGGGGCUCCCACCCGUAUAGCUCCAUCUCUUUGUUGUUGUUGCUGGGUUGUUUUUUUUUGCUUGUCUAAAUAUCUGAAAUCUGGAAUUGUCUAAACUAGAAAUUCACAAUUCGGUCCUUUCCCGAAGGCCUGAUUCCUUUUUAGCGGCAGAGUAUUUAUCUGAUAGGCUCCAGUGACUUUGUCAGUAGGUACAGAUCAUUCACUGUGUUUUCCAAGUAUCAAAGUCACCAUGUAUGUUUUCCCCGCCUGUUUUCAUUUUGGGGCAUGACAGUGAGACCGCCAUACUGGAUAUGGUGUGAGGAUUUUGAGAUGUGUGGUGCUUUGCUAUUUAUUGAUCCCAUGAGAAACAAGGAGCCACUAUUAAUGAACUACAAAAUCCAGCAAACCUUUUCUAAUACUAAAGGACUAAAUUAGUCAAAAUCUGGUAAUAUUAGUGCUUGCUGUUGUAAAUUUCUGCCAUUUUUGCUUAUCUCCGAAAAAAGUGAUCUGGAUCACACUGGAAGUUUCACUGUAUUCAUUUUAAGAAUGGAAAUAGGAUGAUUAUCUUAAGUUAUGUUUACAUUUUGGUAAUAUUUGGAAAUGGAUGUAUAUACUGGAAAUGUCUGUCAGUCUCUGCACAUAAUUUAUGAUCUAUUACAUUGCAUUUUCUUAAACGUCUUCGAAUAUUGUUCUUUGUUUUCAAUUUAUUUUAUACUUCUAAUGUUUAGAUUAAUGACCAACUGACAAUAUUAUUGAUCAGAUUAUUUUUCUUCAAAUCAUUUAGUUUGUGUAAUAUUUUUAUUUUUAAGUUAAAUUAUAGUAAUUUUUGUCUUAAUGAGUUAUUUUUAAUAUUGCUACUUAGAACUGCUGAAGUUAUAAGAGGCGCUUGAUUGUCCCACAAAGGAUGAGAUGCAAACUGAUCGAUGGAAGGGUGUGAGGACGGAGGGAAGGGCCCCACGACUUACGAGAGUUUCCCUGUUACUUUUCCGACUCCAGUGCGUGACGCCUGUUGAGCUUCCAGUGUCUUGCACAGCUCCUGCUCUAAUGCCGGUGGUUUUCAGUGUCCAUGCAAUUAACACAGAACUGUUGCUUCAUGAACCUUAAAGACUUUGCAGUUUUUUCUUUAUCAGAAAAUGAACAAAAAGGGAAUAUCUGGUUACUAUGAACUAUAUAUUCCCUAAACGAUAGCGCUGUAUGACUCUGGCAAUAGCCAAAAGCAUUUGGGGUACAGGUAAUGCUUUGGGAGGUAGGGGAUGUGUGGUGAAGCCAAGCUGUGGACCAAGAGCAUGGGAUUAGCCGAGUGUCUGGGUCAGGGUUUUCCAUUGAAGGGUUUUAGUUUUGUAACAGAAUCACUUUGUUUAAGACUGUUUCUCUUAAACUAACUCUCAGUUCAUGUAAUAGUUUUCUCUUUAUUUCUUUUCUUUUUUUUUUUUCUUUUUUUUUGCCUGGAUCAGAAAUUAACUUCAGAGUGAUAUGUUAGGGCAGAAACCUAAUUUUGCCCAUUCUAGCAGACUGAUGCACUCCACCUCUAGUUUUAUGACAAUAAAGCUAUUCUGUGAA